AUGUGGCAGCCCCGUGGUUUCCACCGAGGAUCUACAGUCAUUAUGAGUGGCUUCGACCCUCAGUUCAGCGCCGACGACUGCCGUGCUUUUGCUUCAUGGUUCUCACCGGUGGUAUACGUGGAACAGUUAUCUACCAACAACGAUAAGUCACGUUUCAUGGUUGUUUUUGCUUCUAACGCUCAUGUCGAGGUAUGUUUUGCGCACGUCGGAUGUGUCAUAUCCGCACAGCAAUUGGCAAGACACAGGGAGAUAUCUGUUGAUAACGGCAUAAUAGAGGUGAAGGCUGUCGGCACGGAUGAGUCCGUGUGGAACACCAUGGGUGAUAUGAUGACGUACACUAGCGCGGCUCCUAUACUUCAAAUGGCACAGGAUGGACUUAAUGCCGCGUUAAAUCAACUAUCUUUCGGUUGGGGCGGUUAUUUGACCGGUUAG